AAUUCAGACAAGACCAUGUUGAGAGUUCUCAGUUGGAAGACAGUGAAUCAGCAGCAUUACUUUGCUGUGAAUGUGAAGAAUCAGAAAUCUUUAGUGAUUCCAAUGUACGUAGGAGGCAGACAGUGGGGAGGAGGAAUGCCGGUCACAGCCCAGGAGCCCCCCAACCCAUCUCGCCUCUGUCAACUGUCAGUCUGUUCUCUGUACCUCAUCAGCGAGAGCUUUCUAACUGUCAAAGGUGCUGCCCUUUUUCUACCACGGGGAAAUGGCUCAUCCACUCCAAGAAUCAGCCACAGACGCAACAAGCAUGCAGGUGAUCUCCAACAGCAUCUCCAAGCAAUGUUCAUAUUACUCCGCCCAGAAGACAACAUCAGGCUGGCUGUAAGACUAGAAAGUACUUACCAGAAUCGAACACGUUAUAUGGUAGUGGUUUCAACCAAUGGUAGACAAGACACUGAAGAAAGCAUCGUUCUAGGAAUGGAUUUCUCUUCUAAUGACAGCUACUUGGACAGUAAGAGAAGUGCUGCCUACUUGAGAACAGUAGUGCUCAGUAGCACUUGUACCAUGGGCCUAGUCCUGCCUCUCUGGAGUGACACCCUGAUUCAUUUGGAUGGUGAUGGAGGGUUCAGCGUAUCAACAGAUAACAGAAUCCACAUAUUCAAACCUGUAUCUGUGCAGGCAAUGUGGUCUGCACUACAGAGUUUACACAAGGCUUGUGAAGUGGCCAGAAUGCAUAACUACUACCCGGGCAGCCUGUUUCUCACCUGGGUGAGUUAUUAUGAGAGCCACAUCAACUCAGAUCAAUCGUCAGUCAACGAAUGGAAUGCCAUGCAAGAUGUACAGUCCCACCGGCCUGACUCUCCAGCUCUCUUCACUGACAUACCAACUGAACGUGAGCGAACAGAAAGACUAAUUAAAACCAAAUUAAGGGAGAUUAUGAUGCAGAAGGAUUUGGAGAAUAUCACAUCCAAAGAGAUACGAACUGAAUUGGAAAUGCAAAUGGUUUGCAACCUGAGAGAAUUCAAGGAAUUUAUAGAUAAUGAAAUGAUAGUGAUUCUUGGUCAGAUGGACAGUCCUACACAGAUAUUUGAGCACGUGUUCUUGGGCUCCGAAUGGAAUGCCUCUAACUUAGAGGAUUUACAGAACCGAGGGGUGCGGUAUAUUUUGAAUGUCACUCGAGAGAUAGAUAACUUCUUCCCAGGAGUCUUCGAAUAUCAUAACAUUCGGGUAUAUGAUGAAGAGGCAACGGAUCUCCUGGCUUACUGGAAUGACACUUACAAAUUCAUCUCUAAAGCAAAGAAACAUGGAUCUAAAUGCCUUGUGCACUGCAAAAUGGGGGUGAGUCGCUCAGCCUCCACUGUGAUUGCCUAUGCAAUGAAGGAAUAUGGCUGGAAUCUGGACCGAGCCUAUGACUAUGUGAAGGAAAGACGAACAGUGACUAAGCCCAACCCCAGCUUCAUGAGACAACUGGAAGAGUACCAGGGGAUUCUGCUGGCAAGCAAGCAGCGGCAUAACAAGCUCUGGAGAUCUCAUUCAGAUAGCGACCUCUCAGACCACCAUGAACCCAUCUGCAAGCCAGGGCUAGAACUCAACAAGAAGGAGAUCACCACCUCAGCAGACCAGAUUGCCGAAGUAAAGACCAUGGAAGGUCACCCAUCUAUACCUCCUGUCUUUGUGGAACAUGUUGUCCCACAAGAUGAAAAUCAGAAAGGCCUGUGUACCAAAGAAAGAGUGAUCUGCUUGGAGUUUACUUCUAGGGAAUUUCAUGCCGGACAGAUUGAAGAUGAAUUAAACCUAAAUGACAUCAAUGGAUGUACAUCAGGGUGUUGUCUCAAUGAAUCAAAAUUCCCCCUCGACAACUGCCAUGGAUCCAAAGCCUUAAUCCAACCUGGACAGGCCCCAGAAAUGCCCAACAAGUUCUCAGACUUAACAGUUGAAGAUUUGGAGACAGAUGCACUGAAAGCAGACAUGAACGUCCACUUACUGCCAAUGGAAGAAUUGACAUCUCGCCUGAAAGACCUCCCCAUGUCCCCUGAUCCUGAGUCACCAAGCCCCCAACCCAGUUGCCAGGCUGAAGUCUCAGAUUUUAGUACAGAUCGCAUUGAUUUUUUUAGUGCCCUGGAGAAGUUUGUAGAGCUUUCUCAAGAAACCCGGUCACGAUCUUUUUCCCACUCAAGGAUGGAGGAACUGGGUGGAGGAAGGAGUGAAAGCUGUCGACUGUCAGUGGUAGAAGUAGCCCCUUCUGAAGUGACAGCUGAGGACCAGAGAAGCAGCUCUUUGAGUAACACUCCCCAUGCAUCCGAAGACUCGUCAAUAGAUGAGGAACAGUCAAAGGCAAUUUCAGAACUGGUCAGCCCAGACAUUUCCAUGCAAUCUCACUCAGAGAACGCAAUUUCAGUCAAAGAAAUUGUAACUGAGAUUGAAUCUAUCAGUCAAGGAGUUGGACAGAUUCAACUAAAGGGAGACAUUUUAUCCAACCCAUGCCAUACACCAAAGAAGAACUCCAUCCAUGAGAUGCCCCUUGAGAGGGCCCAGGCCCCGGAGAACAAACCUGGAAAUCUGGAGCCGAAUGAGGGUUCCUGCUCAGCCCAGCCUGAACUAGCCAAAGACUCGGGGAAGUGGGACCCAGAAGGCUGCCUAACUGUACCCUCAUCCACCACAGACUUGGAAGAAGAGGAACCAGCUGAGGGGGAACAAGAGCUCGGGGGCCCAGGGAUACACCCAGGUGCCAAGUGGUACUCUGGGUCUGUAAGACGAGCCACCUUGGAAUUUGAGGAACGCUUGCGGCAGGAGCAAGAGCACCACGGUGUUACUCCUGCUUGUACUUCAUUGUCCGCUCGCAAGAAUUCCAAGAAUGAUUCCUCUGUGGCAGACCUGGCACCGAAAGGGAAGAGUGAUGAAGCCACCCUAGGACAUCCGUUUGUUCCCAGGGAACCAGAGAUGAAUAAGAGCAAAGGGAAAUCCAGUGGGUGUGAGGCUGGCUCCAUACUGCAUUGUGAGCAAGAUGUCAUUGUUCCAGCACCCAAGCUGCCGGAUUUCUGCCCCUUGCAGGCUCCUCAGGAGUGCUCGGAGUCAGAGACUAGAACCAAACAGCAAGGAGUCCUGAAAGAGCAGCGGACUGUGGUUUCAUGCCAGGAAUCUGAAACACAGGGAGUCCCUUUUCCCAAGAAGAUAGAAAUCAUUGAGUAUACCCACGCGGUUACAUCCCCCAAUCACCCUGGGCCAGGGGGUGAAAUAGCCACCAGUGAAAAGAGUGGGGAGCAAGGACUGAGGAAAAUGAAAGUGGAGAAGUCCAUCACUGUACUCUGUGCACUAGAUGAAAAUCUGAACAGGACGCUGGGCCCCGACCAGGUUUCUCUGUACCCCAAAGUGCUACCUCUGCCUCCUUCCUCUCCUGAGCACAACAGGCCCACCGACCCGACCUCCACCCUGAGCAGCCCUGAAGACUGGGGCAACAGCCCGGCAACAGCCCUGGACAUAGCAGCGCCAUUUGUCAGUCACACCACCCACGUACCAUCUGCCAACUUGGAUUAUCUGCAUCCCCAGACCAUGGUUCACCUGGAAGGCUUCACAGAGCAAAGCAGCACCACAGACAGUGAGCCCUGCGCAGAGCCGGGGCGCUGGGAAGAGAGUCAGGGCCCCCUGUCCGGCGGCAAUGAAGUGCCAUAUAAGGGCUCCCAGCUAACUCGUGAAGACCUAAGCUUAAUUAGCAAAUGCAGUGACAACAUUGGGAAGUUACAAGAAAAACUGGACCCAUCACCUGUGGCCUGUAGACUCCCUCAUAGCUCUAGUAGUGACAAUAUAAAGGAUCUUAGCCACAGCCCCCGUGUGGUGAAGGCGCACGCUAAAGAAAUUGAAUCCCAAGCGAUUUGCCAGAUAGGGCUCCCCAAACCAUCCCAAAUGAGGCGUUCAGCUUCCCUCGCCAAGUUAGGUUACUUGGACCUGUGUAAAGACUGUUUACUGGAGAGGGAGCCUGUCUCCUCUGAGUCCCCUCAUCUCAAACUUCUUCAGCCCUUCAUCAGAACAGACUCAGGCAUGCAUGCCAUGGAGGCCCAGGAGCCCCCCGGAAACUCAGAUGCCCCCCAGAACCCAGAGCCCACCAAGUAUUUUAUAGAGCAACUUAAAACAACAGAGUGUAUCGCGCAGAGCAAGCCAGUGGAGAGGCCCCUUGUACAGUAUGCCAAAGAGUUUGGUUGCAGUCAGCAGUGUUUGCUCCCCAAGGCAGGACCGGAAUUGACUAGUUCUGAAGGAGGCCUGCCUUUGCUGCAGACCCAGGGGCUGCCGUGGGCGGGCCCAGCUCCAGGGCUGGCUUUGGCUCCCCGGCAGCAGCACCACAGAACUCACCCCCUUAGGAGACUGAAAAAAGCAAGUGAUAAAAAAAGGACAACCAACCCUUUCUAUAAUACCAUGUGAUUCUGAGCCUACACAUGUGACUUUCUAAAAGAAAUGUUUAUAAAAGGGGCAGGUGUAAUAUGUAAGGAACAUGCACUUUAUCGGUUAAUUUUAUAACAUUUUGGUCAUUUUACUGUUCCUGGCACAUGCAGAGUUUAGGGUUUUCUCCCUCUGUGUGUGUGAGAGAGAGAUUGAUUUGGACGGCAAGACCAUUUUAUCAUUUUUUAUUUUUAGAAAUUUCAAACCUCAAAAUAUACUCAUUUUCAAAGAACACCUUUAUCAAAGGCAAAUUGCUGUUUUUCAAUCAACUGCCACCUGCUCCUCAUUUUGCCCUCUGAGAAAAGGCAUGCAUGCUUGAUUGAGGAUGGAAGCAGAUGGGGAGGGUGGGGGUGAAGCCGGAAAUUGAAAAUGCUGCCCCUGGGCCAGUGUGACGAUGGCUUGUUCUCCAGGCCUGAUGCUUCAGGUGGGCUGAAGGGCAAUGGGACAGCAGGGGACAUCAGCGCUCUCUCAGCCUGGUCCCCAGCCCCAGCCCUUUGGAGGUUCUGCUAUUUUCAAAGGGGGUCUUCCAGAAUCCAUUCUCCUGGUGUUCCAGAGUGGAUCGUUAAAGAAAGGCAUCAUAAUGGCUGGCUUUAUAAACUUGUUAAUAAAUCAGAUUUUUUAUUACAUUAAAAGUCAACCCCAAAUGAAAUCCAAGAGGUCCUCUGUUGAGAAAAGCAUAAGGAGGUAAAAUGGGAAACUGAGACACAACGGGGACAAGUUUGAAAAAUAGCAAUUGAAAGUCAAUGUGUUCUUGUAAAAUGAAUACAUAUAUAGGGUUUUAACCCUUCCAUUACUUGAAUAAUUCUGUGGGCCUCUGAGUUUAAUGGCCAUAUUUUUUCCAAUUUAUUUUCCUCCCUCAUGCUGUUUCUCUCAAUGCUGCCUGUUUUGUUUUGUUUUAUUUCAUAGAUGACAUUUGAAUUGUUACAUUACUUUUGUAUAACCUCCAUUGAAUGCAAAGUUUUCUUUUUGAUAUUAUCACUGUUAACACUUGACAUAAGUUUUUUCCCCCCUUUUCCUGGAAGAUUUGUCAUUUCUUUAGUUUUUACACAGUAUUUAUGUACAUAAUGUCAUAUUCUUACAGUGUUUUGUUAUUGAUGUCAGAGGGUCUUUUUGAUUUAUUUUUUUUAAGGAGUUAUACUGGAAAAAGACAACAGAAAUAAAACUGAUGGGUGUUGUAGGAAUCUGUAGAGUAUAUUGACAGUUGUUUUAUUGUUUAAAUGGAGGCUCCCAAUUGCUAGCUCCUGCCAAAUUAUGCAUUAGUAACCCUCCUCAGAGAAACCCCUAAAGGUUCCCUUUAGAUCACAGUUUGACAGCUGCGUCCUCAACUGAAAUCCCAGAAAGUUGUUCGCCUUCACUGACCCACAGCCGGGGAGUGUAUGGGAGUGUUAACGGCUUCCUGCUUCCCCAGGGGGAAGCUCCUCAUGGACUAGGCUGAGAGGCUGCAGGGUGGCCUCCGCCAAGGGCAGGCGCCUUACAGAGUCCGUUUAGGAUGCCGCUGCUUUGCUGCCGCUGUGGAGAUCUUAGGACAGCAGCACCUGCCAUAAACCAGCCUCUUCCAGAAAACAUAUUGAGACUGGAAUGGAGGACCCUCAUCAAAACUGAAGAGAUUCUGAAUGUUUGGGAUCAUUCCUAGCAUCUCGCCUCUUCCAACUCUUUAUCUAGCAUUAUCCUGGUUCUCUACCUUUAUCCCUACCGUAUCUCCUCUCUCUCAUCUUGGGAAUUACCAAGAGCUCCGAGGACAGCAUGAGGAGGACAGCCUAGGUUCUGAGGUCCCCUCCUGAUAAAGGGCCGCAGACAGAUGCUGUUGGAUAGACCUGAAGCUUCUGAGACGUGGCAGCUCACAGAAAUCUUCACCUGUUCCUUCUGAGGAUUCAGUUCUGAAGUGAUCUAGGCAUGUUUGGUAAAGAUGUUUUUGUGGGAGUGUUUUGUUUUUUUAAGAAAGCAUUAUGCAAAAUGGUUCACUUUUAAGGGCAUUUUUAAAUAAAGCCAUUCUUUGGCUUUUUUUUUUUUUUUUACAACUAUUUGUGGAUACUUUGUUUACAUUGUGUGAGUAUUAAAACGUGCAUCAUCUUGAUGGCAGCUCAGUGUCCUCCUCCAGGGACCCAAACCUGGCUGUCCUGUGAGCCCUCACACAGAGCACCGCUGUAAUGGUGAGCCCGCACGGGUGAGCGGGGAAAACCUGGAGCUGACUUCCAUCUGUGUCCUGCACUCCCGCCCAACACCCUGUACGGAAAUAGUCGUCAUCUCCUCAGUGAUGGUGUGUCUUACAGUGAUGGUUGUACUGGUGAAUGGCUAGUGUCAUUUUUGUUUAAUUUUGUUUUGCUUUUGGAUGGUAGAUGAGAUGAAAUUUUAGCUCUUUCGUCACCAAUCCAACUUAAGAGGCUCUUGGACUUUGUUUUCCCCUUCAACCUAAAAGAACAAGGCAUGUAUAGACAACUGUAUUUGGUGUCUCAACUCAUCCGGUCCCCAUAUUAAGAAAAAGCCUGCUGCCAACGCAGGCAGCUGCACACCCCUAACCCUUCUCCCGGGCUUGGGGUCCCUGGUUGCCAUGGAGAGCUCUCGCAAGGUGCUUCUGUACUCCUCCAGCCUGGAGUGCAGGGUGACUCAGCCCGGCUCCUGCUGUGGAAAGAGAACCAGCCUCAUUUUCUCAGUGCCCCGAGUUCUAGGGCAGGAUUUCUAAACUGGAAUCACCCCCCGUGGGCUUGAACAGGCCCCAAGGGGUAUAUGACUAUCUGUGUCCUCACCACAACACUGGCGGCAGCAUCCUGUAUACACAUGCAGAGCUAAUGCCCAGGGCUUCGCUCGAGCUGGUGACCCAGCCGGUAAACUGGGGAAUGCCCUGAAAUGUUUCCCAGUCAAUAAGGCCACAGGGAGUUGGUUUUUAUGUUUUAUUGGACUUGGUUUGCUUGGUAUAGCUUAAGGUGCCUUUCUUUUCUUUCUUUUUCUUUUUUCUUUCUCUCUACAUUAUUUUGUAGGGCUUGUUAUAAAUGUGGAAAACUAGUCCAAUAGACUUUGUUACCUUUGCCCCAGGCCACCCCAAACUUUUAUGCUCACAUUUUAUUAAAUGAAGCAGGUGCUCCCUGGAAUCUCUGGGACCUUUUUGAGGCAUUUGAAGCAGAAUAUAAAGAGUGGUCUCAUCUCCUUCCUUAAUCUUCAUAGUGAUUGGGAUGUUCCACUUGUAUCAUAGAUUUUUUUAUUACUGAUGUGCUCCGCUGUUUUUAAAUGUGAACUUGUGCGCAAAUGUGCAGAUUCAAUGUUCUUGUUACAGACUGAAUAAAUUUUUAUUUUGAAGAUGAAA